AUGGUCUGGCAAAUUGAUCUCACCAGCAAAUGCUUCAUCGUGACAGGCGGCAACAGGGGCAUAGGGCUCGCCAUCUCACAUCAAAUAGCGCAAGCAGGUGGACAUGUCGCCAUCAUCUACAAGUCCUCUCCUGACGCGCCCGAGCGGGCCAAGGAGAUAUCGCAGAAGUAUGGCGUACAUUGCGAGGCGUACAAGUGCGACGUGAGCGAUCAGGCGGCAGUCGCGGAGCUAGUUGGCAGGGUGUACAAGGAUGUAGGACCUGUGGGAGGUGUAGUGUGUAACGCUGGGGUUGCCGUAUCGAAACCAGCGGUAGAGAUGACUAAGGAGGACUACGACAAUCAGAUGGAUCCGAACAUCUGGGGCUGCUUCGUCGUUGCUCAGGCUGCCGUCAAGCUAUGGCAAGAACACGGAUAUAAGAACGGACGCGUUCUGAUCUCUUCAGCGAUGUCCGCGAGCAUAGCCAAUAGGAAUACCACACAGUGCUUUUACAACGCCUCAAAGGGAGCCCUGAACGCCCUUGCGAGAUCACUAGCCAUGGAGUGGGCAGAUAUGGGCGUCUUGGUCAACUGCCUCUCGCCCGGGUUCGUGGAUACCGACCUCAACCAGAUCCUCCGGGACGACGAGAAGAUUCUUAAAUCGACAGAAGAUAUGGUCAUGACCAAGCGGAUAGGCAAGCCCGAUGAACAGGCUGGUGCGGUGGUCUAUUUCUUGUCUGAUUAUGCGACAUAUACGACUGGGACGGAGUUGCGAGUUGAUGGGGGAGCGUCAGCAUGGUGA